AUGGGAAAGAUAACGAAGACCAUACAGUCUAAGCACAAGGAGACUCUGUCUCCUUGGCUUCAGGAGUUCGUCGAUAAGGCGUCCUCUACACCUUUACCUCUUCUACCCAAAACCCUUGCCGCAUUCCCUUCACGAUGGCCUUUCCCGAGAGGCGACCUGUAUCAUUGGAUACCACUACUGAAUCGAUUUGACGAGCUCUUGGAAUCGUUCUGCUCUAUCUACAAAUUGAACGAGGGACCCCAAACUCGAGAUUUUGGCUGUGAGGUGCUGCUGGGAUCUGGCCCCUUUGGUGGAGAUGGAGAGCCAUCGAGUGAGUUGGUCAAACUUUCGGAGCUAGGCUACGGCAAAGAUGGCGACGUACACCUCAUCGUAGCCAUCCUAAAGUUUACACAAAUGCUACUGGAUCACUGUGGUAACCGCAGUAUAUAUGCCAGCAGUUCUCAUCUGAACGACCUUCUAAACAGUACGGACUUUACCAUCAUAUGCGCCACCCUCCGCGUUGGUGUAGAGUUGGCUCAGCGCUAUCAGGCUUCGGUGAAACGUAUCCACGGGAUGACCACCCGACAGGUGCACACGACUUUACUCUCGAAUCAUUACAAUAUAGAUCUUGAUCGUGUACAGCAACUUGCUCAACCUUUCAUCAAGACGCCUCUCUCCAAGCCGACCGAGUCUACUCUUCUUACAACCCCUAGUAAGAGCAAAGAGAAGGCCCCAGGAGGUACCCCCAAGAAUGUAGCCACCAUGUAUGCGAAUGACUUAUGCACGCUCGCCAAAGACGAUUCUAGCGACAGCGCGGCUUCGCAAGCGCGCUGGAACGGCUGGGGCGAUGUUAAACUUACCUAUUAUCCUACAUUAGAUAGUUCGCAGGGGGCGGCACCCCAGUUUCUACCAGAUCGGGGCAGUACCUCGAAUGUACCUUCGACACCAACCCCUUUGAGACGAAGCAGCACAUCAACUACCGCACAGACUACUCCUCGCGCAAACCGUCAAGGCGCAUCAGAGGAGAGCCCGACCUCCGCCUCUCGGUCCCCAGCUGUAGGACGGGACGAAAGCAGCCCCCCGGGCCAGAAAUCUCUCGAAGUAUCUCACGCGGCGGUGUCCUCGACAUCGAUAUAUGAACUUCUCGCCGGAGCGCCAACAGAUGUACCGAAAGAGACGAGAUACGAAUAUCUCAAUCGUCUCAGAGUUGCCAAAGCUCUCAUAGGAUCUACCGAAUCUCGACAGCAAGCACUGAAGGCGCGCCUAUUAGCUAUCCAGAACCUAGCGUACAUUCACAUAGAACCUACCUUCAUCGAGAAGGUCCUAAGGCAGGAUAAUGAUGAACCGCGACGGUUUCAGCUUGUGUAUCAGCUCGCGGAGCUGAUUCAUCCAGCGGCCGAUGGUGCCAUGUCGGUGCCUAUCGAUUUACAAUCGAUUUCAUUAUCACUGCUAGAGGCCAUCUCAGGAUUCCAUCACAAACUGCCCGACAUCUUCUCAGCAUUGAAUGCGACCGUGAACCACGGUGUGUUGCUCUACGUCAUUAGGAAGGCCGUAUCUGAGAUGAAAGAGGACGACACUGGAGAGCAGUGGAGUGAAGAGGAUGAAUGGCGUGACAACCUUUUUUCGCUCACGCUUCAUAUUACAAUGGCCAUGGCUAAUAAUAAUACGUCGCGUAACAUGCCCGAGAUCAUCACAGCCGGGCUUUUGGACAUCAUGGUCGAGAUUCUGAACCUCAGAUCCAACAUAGCCGAACGUACAUACGGCACUUUGGUAGGAUUUUUAGACAGUCUCGUGUAUAACGUCCAAAGUUCAUUCCAGACAUUGAUCAAUGCCGACGGCCUUGAAGCCAUCACCAAUUUAGUUACCCAUGAAGUUGAACUUGCCAAGAAGCUGGCUGGUGAGGGCAAAGGGACACCCAUAACCCAUCGUUCUCAGGUUGUCGACUACGAGAUAUCAUUCUACCAGCAACAGAACUUGAAGUUUCUCCUGAAGUUUAUUCAUCAUUUAAUGUCCAAUGCCUUUGCUUUUGGUGGUAACACCGAUCGGCUAUUGAGGAACCUCGUUGAUAAAUCUGCACUACUUCACAGCAUACGCGAGAUUAUUGAGAACAUGAACAAAUUCGGUUCUCUGGUAUGGACCAAUGCUGUUGUGAUCCUGAGUGACUUUCUCAAUAACGAUCCUACCAGCUUUGCUGCCAUCUCCGAGGCUGGACUGGUUCAAAGCUAUCUCCAGGCCCUGACAGGUCGCCCCGUGCCCACGGGACAGGCCAGUGGGACAGACUCCUGCCAGAGUGGUAGCCGGGAUGAUGCCCCUGGAUCGCCUUCGGAUAGUACCGCACCUGACCUUCUUGAGCCUGACAAUCGUUCUCAUCCCCCCUCACGGGAGGAGCUGGAAGCACCCCGCGAUGGUCUGCUGGCUCGUGGCAUUUUAGCCAACUCGGAACCUAUUACAAUCGUGCCCACUGUCUUGAAUGCGAUAUCUUUGAAUAAUCUCGGUAUGAAAAUGGUUGUCUCCUCACGCGCUUUCGAUAGCUACUUUGAGAUAUUCGAGAGUCCUGAGCACGUUCGCGUAAUGGCAGCCGAUGAGAACGUAGCUCAAAAUGUGGGUGGCAAUUUUGAUGAACUCGCUCGGCAUCACCCGUCCCUUAGACCGGCUAUUGCAAAUGCCGUGUUGGAUAUGAUUGCCCGAGUUGCUCAUCUUGCCCGGGUCAAAGCCAGAGAUGCUCAGUGGGGAGCCAAACUUCUCGUGAGAGAUUCGAAAGGCCAGGAUGUGAUCGCGAACGAGGACUUAUUGAAUGAGCCUAAACUUGCCCCUGCGGAUAAGGGUAAAGGCCCGGAAAAGGCUAUCCCUGCUGCUGCUGCCGAUGCCGACGUUGAGAUGACGGAUGCAACCGCACAGCAAGCAGAGGAUACUGAACCAACUUUGGACAGCUUAACGGUUAAUGCGUCUUCUAUCACGCCCUACGUUUAUGCAGUCUCCAACUUCCUGUCUCAAUACAUCAGCAAUAAUAAUCUGAAGACAAAUCUGAUUAACAAUGGCGGUAUAGAGCUACUGCUGGACCUUUGCACGUCACCAAGUCUACCACACGAUUUCGGAGAUUCUCCAGCAUCCCGAAACCUACAGUCGGUCGUCUCCCAGUUGAUUGAGACCGCGCCAAUCAUUGGCUUGCCUUCUUUAUUGAAACGAACGCAGGCUGCAAUCGAUGUGCUGCAGCCGGUUACCCAAGCUCAAGAGGCAGGGUCCUACUUUUCACCGUUCCUCGCAGCUGACAUGAGCUUGACGAACCAAACUGACAGUGGUGUUAUUGAACGACUUACUCGUGGUACCGAGUCAGCCAAGGCACUCCUGAACGCCCAGUCCCUCAUAAAGACCCUUUAUCAAUGCUUCCCCUUUUCUUCUCGAGCACAGACGGUAACAAUGCAUUCUGUUAAUGUCUUUGAUUAUUAUGCUCGCCUUAUCAAAUCCCUAGGCCCCCUCCUGCGCGCCGUGAUAUUAGAAGAGGCGGCCAUAUCUAACAGUGUCCCCGAGAACUGGUCAGCAAGAAAGCAAGGCCAGCUCGUGGAUAGACAAGGUCCGUUAAACAGCGGCUCUGCGUCAAAUAACGGUAAUGCUGUUGGCGCCGACUCCGAGGAUGCGAGCUUGCCGGAUGUUUUAUCAUCGACUGCUCUAUGGAAACUUGCAACCGUCAAGGCUACCAGUACCAAUGAUGGCCCCACCAAGAGUGAACAAUUAAGUGCUCGUUAUCAAAACUAUAGGACUCUCCGUCUCCUAUUGCAUUCGCUCAUGCCGGCCACAUUUCCACUCUUCCAGACCCUUGGGAAAGCCUUGUUACCUCGCCGCGAGCGUGACCAAUACCUACGAGCAAAUCACCUACGACUGACUGAAGAAUUGGCCCAGACCAUCCUAACGCAGUUUGAGCUGCCUGACCGUGAAAAGUCUAGCAAAGACUUCCACUACUGGAUCAUCAUGCUGCAUGCAGUCCAUGAAAUGCUUGUCAACCGUGCAAUAGAAACUCGCGCGGACCGGCAAUCCCCAACCCAGGUCAUUGCGCCUGUCCUGAUUGCUUUCAAGAAACAUGGUGGGCUGGAACUGCUCAAUACGAUGCUCGGCACUUUUAAAAAUGAGAUCUGCAAGGAGAAGAAGGACGGCGAAGAAUCAUCUAUGUCACGAUUGGCGGUCAUUGGCAUGAAAAAGAUCCUCGACCUGUACUCCCUAAUAGUCAAUGGUAAGAUCAUCACGGAGUCCGUAACUCAGAUCAACAUUCUCCCGCCUGGUACCAGCGAUCGUCGAACCGAUUCACAAGUUGCCCCAAACUUAAUCAUUGAGUUACGUAUGGCUAUACUGCCCGUGAUGAGAGAGCUUUGGGAUUCUCCGUUAGUGGAAAAGGGGUCGGCUCACAUUCUUGCCAAGAUCAUUGGGAUAUUGAAAGCUAUCUCGUUUGCCGACUGUGAAAGCAACGCCUACAAACGGGCCGAUAAGAAUGCACCACCGGCUUAUCUUCAGCCUACGUACCUUCGGUUUUCUUGGACAACCGUCGAGGAUGUAAUGAAAGAAGUCGCCAACGAAGUUCCUUGCGAGGAUGAUCUUACUCACGAAGGUAUUUAUAGAGCCAAUGGUAGUCGACAGUUAGCUUGCGAGUACUGCAAAGUGCACAAGUCAGGCAUCGCUGGUACUCGGAAUCCUAUACCAGAAGAAGAUCUACCCACCAAUGUAGAAAAUGAGCGUGCCCCUCCGGCCCCCCCAGCGGAAAUUGGCGCACAAGCCUCUGCCGAGGACGAUCUUAUGGUUCUAGACAUGCCUCCCGAAAUACCAUCUGGCCUCCUGGAAGAUGAUAUUCUUGGCGAGCUUCAGGAAGGCACAACCAUCUCGAAUGGCAAUGGUCGAGAUACUCCUGUCCCUCCACUUAUCCCCGGGGAAGACAACGCUGCCGCAUCCUCGUCAACCACUCCUGCCCAGGGUCCCUCAACUGGAGCAAGCACAGAAGCAGAGCUUGCGAAGCAUGUAGCCAGAGAGGACCUUGAUGAAGAGCGCACAAAGUUACGUCUGAAUCUCAUUGACAGGUGUCUUGAUGUCAUAAGAGCACAUCCUGAUUCUACCCACGAAGUAUCGGACUUGAUCUCGAUUGUGCUAAGAACGCCCAACGACGACUCGACCGCACGACAAGAGAUUGGAGAAACCUUGACUAAUGCUCUAAUGUCCUUUGCAUCGGGCGACGAUCUGAUAUCCAACGGGCGAAGCAUUGCAGCUUAUGCCCAUCUUCUAUCCUUGCUUCUCCAAGACAAGAGCUUCUUCCGAGCAACCGUUAGCACUCUGAAGGAAAACGUAGGUGAUUUCCUGCGGUUUCUUGAUGUUUUGCCAUCUCAAUCCACAGAGGAACUUGCACCAUGGAUACCUUACGUCUUGCUUGUUUUCGAGAUUCUUCUCAGCGACGACGAGCAACCUGGAGAUAUCAAGUGGAAAGCCCCCACAUCAGAAACCGACCCGAUCGAAAAGUUGCAAUGGGAGGACAAGGAUCUAAACGUAGGAAAGGAUCGCCGAGAUACACUUCUCAACUCGGUACUAGAGAUUUUGCCACGCAUAGGGAAAGAGGAAUCCCUAGCAGUAUCAGUUCUACGAAUAUUGGUCAUAUUGACUCGUGAUCGUACUAUUGCGCGACAAGUAGGGGAAAAGAAAAACCUCCAGAGGCUGUUCGUCACUGCCAAGCAGCUUUCUGGCGCCGGAUCAAUUCGAUUGAAUGAAACUCAAAUCACUUCUCAUAUCCUGACCAUCCUCCGGCAUAUUAUAGAAGAUGACGAGGUUAUUAAGCAAUUUAUGAGAAGUGAAAUCAAGGCUUACUUUACCACGAACCGCAGUGUGCGGCCUCCCGACACUUCAACAUUUAUCAGAACUUUCUCCCAUAUCGCACUUCGAGACCCUAAGCUAUUUAUUGAAGUUACGGAAGAGAUGGUCAAAAUCAAUCGAUACACCUUCACGGAGAGCAGCAUUGGACGAUCCUCUUUAGUCUUGAAAGAACCCAAACCUGAUGCCUCCAAAGAUGAUGUCGCACCAACUGUCCGAGCUACGGAAGAUCUAACUAUCCAGGAUGUCAAGCCAUCUACUGAGGGUGAAGACAAGCAGAUGACAGAUACUUCUAAACCACACUCGCAGGAUACCAAACGCCCUGUACUGGAGAACCCUGAUGGCGUCGUACACUUCCUUCUUUGUGAGCUGCUCAACUACAAGGAAGUGGACGAUAAAGAUCCAUUGCAGAUGACGAAAGACCCGAAGAAGCCUGGCGAUCAAGGAUCUGCAUCUACUUCUGGUGGCGCUGCUGAAGCCGAAGGCCGCACGACUGACACUAAAGAAAAGAAGGGCAAAUUUUCAUUCAAACCCGACGAGCACCCAAUCUUCAUCUACCGCUGUUUCCUCUUGUAUUGUCUCACUGAGCUUCUCCAGAGCUACAAUCGCACCAAGGUCGAGUUUAUCAACUUCAAGAGAAGCGCGCCUCUUUUUGCCAAUACCCCUGUUAAACCUCGAUCCAGCGUGUUGAACUAUCUCCUCAACGAUUUAUUAUAUCCGAGCCAUAUGGAUGGUUCUACUGAUACGGUGCUGAGCAAAAAGAAGUUCGCUACUUCUCUUCAAACACAGAAUCUCUUGGUGGCUCUUGUGAGCAAGACGGGCGAAAAGCCUAUUGAGCCGAGCCGAGACAAGUACGAAUACGACGAUGAACCUGACUUGUUGUUCGUGCGAAAAUUCGUCCUCGACACGAUUCUUAGAUCAUACAAGGAUGCAGCUACAUCCAACGAGACGUUCGACGCCAGAUACGCCAGAAUGCUAGCCCUCGCAGAGAUCAUGCAUCUGAUGAUGGGAGAGACAGAUAAGAACUCAGCAUUACCACCUCGCGCGGGCCAUGACCCCUUUGAGAGGACACAGGCUCAAAUUCGGCGCCUCAUGUAUGAGAAAGGGUAUCUUGCGGCUCUCACAGCCUCCAUUGCGGAUAUCGAUCUCGCCUUCCCUCCCGUAAAGAGAACUAUUAAGUACAUUCUCCGCGUACUGCGAACCUUGACCAGCACCGCUAUUCAUCUAAGCCACUCCAAUAUCAUAGCUAUUACCCCGACCCAAGAGAACGUGGAGGAGGAGACGUUCUCAGCAAGUUCUCUUUCAGAUAUCGGCGAUGACCGAGAGGAUACCCCGGAUCUCUAUCGAAAUUCGGCCCUCGGUAUGCUGGAGCCUGGAAGAGAUAGAGACGGUGACUAUUCAGAAAAUUCGGAAGACGAUGAUGACGAGGAGAUGUAUGACGAUGAAUAUGAUGAUGACAUGGGAUACGGGUCCGAAGAUCGUGAAGAAGACGUCAGUGAAAAUGACGAAGAUGAGGACCUAGAAGGAAUGGGUCCCAUUGAAGGGUUAUCGGGAGAUCAUGGCGUUAUCGAAGUCACAAUGGAAGAUGACGACGAAGAUGAUGAUAUGGAGGAUGACGAUGACGAGGACGGAAGUGACGAUGAAAUCGAUUCCGAUGACAUGGAUGAGACAGAAGACCGUAUUGAAAUCGUUGACGACGAAGGGAACCCACUUGAAGAUGACGGAGUCUCAGGUUGGGAAAGCGAGACAGACGACGAAGAGGAGGAUGAUGACGGAGAAGAAAUUGACUACGAAGCAGAAGCUCAAGAUCUAGCGGAAGCCCAAGACCUCCAUGAUCUGGACGAAGUCGACGGUUUAGACAGACUCGGACACAUAAUGCGUGCCAUUGAAGAGGAAGAUUUUGAGCCUCCCGAUGACCUUAACGGUCUCAAUGAGCACUACUUGGAGGAUGAAGACGAGGAUGAGGAUGAAGAUGACGAGGACAUGGAUGAUGAAUACGCAUAUGAGGAUGAUUUCCCCAACGACGCGCCGCCUCGUGAUAUUGCAGCCCCUGGCCUAGGCUGGGAUACUCUUGUGGUAGAACCGCAUGGAGCCAUUCUCGGUCAUCAUCACCGACAACGACAUGGCACUCGUACUCCCUUCCCUCCUCUCCCGUUCAUGAUGGGAACCCGAGGAGAUCCUAUGAAUAAUUACGUUGACCCACGAGGCUUUGUACGGGGUAGCCGACAUGAUCCACAACAUGCUGCUAAUGAGGACGGGUUGAAUCCUCUUCUUCGUCGGGGCAAUGAUGCUGGUAGAGACGGAUCUCCUCGCCCUUCUCACCUUGGUGGUCUAGUCCGAUUGGGAUUCUACGGUGGUUUAUUCGGCCCCCCCCAUAUUGACACUCCGAUGUCCCUUAUUAAUGACCUUGUAGCAUCGCUUCCAACAUCGGUCAGCCGCACUGGACACGCGUUUCACUUUCAAAUAACACAGGGACCUCGUGGAGAUGUUCAUGAUGUGCACUUCCCAUUCGGCCCUCACGUGCGCGAGUCUCGUUCUGAUAGCCGUAGGGACACAUAUCAAGAGCCUUCUCAGACUACCACAUUCAUUACAAGAUCUACAGUGUCUCGGUGGACGGAAGAGGUCAAAAUGAUUUUCGGAGCGCAACAUUCGGAGAAAUCUCAUCGCCUUAUCCCAGCAAUUCUCUUCCACCUUGUCCCACCCGCUAUCAAACAUGAGCAGGAGGUGAAAGCUAAGGAGGCGGAGCGCCAACGGCAGCAAGAGGAAGAACGCAAGAAGCGCGAAGACGAAGAACGAAAAGCAAGAGAGGCCAAAGAAGCCGAAGAAAGAGCAGCUCGCGAGAAGCAGGAGGCUGAAGAGCGUGAACGAGCAGCCGCUGAAUCGGCUGCACGAGCUCAAGCACAACCGACUGUCGGCCGUGAGGGCGAAGAUGGUGAUCGUACAGAACCAGAGGCUAUGGAAGGAAUAGAGUCAAGCAAUACAGCGACAUUUCCAACAGAGGACGAGCCGACCAUCGCCCAACCACGUGCCUUUACGACGAUUAGAGGUGAGGAGGUUGAUGUUACCGAGCUUGGAAUUGAUCCCGACUACCUGGAAGCACUCCCGGAAGAAUUCAGAGAGGAAGUCAUUGCCCAAACAGUCAGCACGCGCAGGGCGCAAGCUCGAGAAGCGCCUGGAGGCACGGGAGAACAGACAGAAGUGUUCCAAGAAUUCUUAGAUGCUUUACCCGAUGAGCUCCGUAUAGAGAUCGUUCAACAAGAGCGAGCGGAACAGCGCCGGCGAGAUCGUGACGAAAUGCGACGCCAGACGGCCAUUCCCGGCCAGACAGCCGAGCCUCAAGAUAUGGAUCCCGCGAGCAUAUUGAUGACAUUCCCACCGGCGCUUCGCGAGCAAGUUCUGAUGGACCAAGGUGAAGAUAUAAUCGACUCUUUACCCCCUGAUUUAGCUGCCGAAGCACGAAGACUAGUCAGAGCUUCUAAUCCUAUCCCACACCAUGAUAGAGCGUCUUCUGGUACUAGCCGGCCGCGAGAGACCACUCAGAUCGGCGGCGGGACUACCGAUGGGGAUAAACCUCACAGAAAGACAGUUGUGCAAAUGUUAGACAAGCCCGGCGUUUAUACUCUGCUUCGCCUAAUGUUCAUCAAUAUGAAGGGCGGGUCUCUCGAGACUUCUUUGAAAUACCUUUUCAAGGAUGUUUGUGAGAACCGACAAACUCGAUUUGAGGUUGUCAGCAAUCUGCUCAAGAUCUUACAGGAGGGCUCAACUGAUGUGGAUGCCGUCGAACGGAGUUUCGCCUCACUUUCUAUCAAAGCGAAGCAACCUAAAGACGUGGAGGCCAAGACGCAAACCCCUCAAACGCUCAAGCGCGCGUCCACCAACAUCGGUAACAGCAACACCGUCCAAACCAAUUCGGAGACGUCCCCGCUUUUGAUCGUUCAACAAUGUCUUGACCUACUCUGCUACCUUGCGGAUCAGAACGUUCACGUACCUUCCCUUUUCCUUACUGAGCACGAUGGAGUCAGCAACACAGCUAUUAAGCGUACUCUCAGUCGUAAAGGCAAAGGCAAAGAUGUGAAGGCGAAUAAGUAUGCUAUCAACUCUUUACUCGCCCUCCUUGAUCGCGAUCUGGUCAUGGAAAGCUCCUCCAUCAUGGACAGCCUUUCUCAAUUGUUGAGCCGAGUGACGGGCCCACUGUUAUACCUAGAUCGUAAGCAGAAGGAGGCAGCAGAAGCCAUCAAGAAUCUUGAUGCAAAACCUACGGACACCACUGAAGCUUCGGGAGUAGCCGUGCCAGCAGAUUCUACCGCCCCAGCGACUAACAACACGGACACUACACAAAGCGGAGAUGUGGGUGCAUCAGAACAGCCAGCCGGACAAUCUGUGGGUGGCCAUGGCGAAGUGCCAGAGAACGGACCGUCUGGCACAUCGACUGCCGAGGCCGAAUCCUCUAAGGCUUUUGAGAAGCAGGCAAUACUGAAACGAAUGAAGCAAAUGCAUCCGCCCGUCAUUCCAACCCACAACUUGACUCUCAUUAUCAAAAUAUUUGUGGCGCGUGAGUGCAGCUCCAAGACUUUCAAGGAAACUCUCUCGACUAUCAAGAACCUCUCUGUAAUUCCCGGCGCGAUGCUGGUCUUUGGCGAAGAGCUUGCUCGUCAAGCCCAGCUUUUGAGUGAGAAGAUUGUUGUCCAUCUAGACGAAUUGCUACCACACAUCCAGAACGCUGCGUCGGGUACAGAGAUUCAAGGGGUCGCCUUGGCCAAGUUUUCUCCUGGCGCUUCUGACCAGAACAAACUUUUGCGAGUCCUGACUGCUCUGGACCAUUUGUUUGCCCAAAAGAAGCCAGAUGUAACUGAAAACUCUGAUUCCGACGAGGUUAAGAAACAGGAUCUGCUCGCUACUCUGUACCGCAACUCAACCUUCAAUGCAUUGUGGGAGAAGCUCAGUGCUUGUCUAAGCGCGAUUCGCCAACGCGAAAGCUUACUGAACGUAGCCACCAUUCUGCUUCCCCUGAUCGAAGCUCUGAUGGUUGUUUGCAAGGACACCUCGCAGAAUGAGACGACUUCCCAAACCCAGGCCAGCAAGGAUAUGGUGCUUUCGAGCCCCCAGCCAGAGUCACACCUGGCUGGGCUCUUCUUCACUUUCACGGAAGAGCAUCGCCGGAUUCUCAACGAACUUGUGCGCAACAAUCCAUCACUUAUGAAAGGCACCUUUUCACAUCUCGUCAAGAACCCGAAGGUGCUAGAAUUCGACAAUAAACGCAACUGGUUCAACCGUAGCGUUCAUAACAAACAACACCCCAGUCAGCGACCACAUCCGCUAUUGCAGCUGCAGGUCCGCCGAGAGCAUGUUUUCCAUGACUCAUUCAAAUCGCUGUACUUCAAGACGGGCGAAGAGAUGAAGUUUGGCAAGCUCAGCAUCAGAUUCCAUGGCGAAGAAGGCGUGGAUGCUGGUGGUGUGACGAGAGAAUGGUUCCAGGUUCUCGCACGACAGAUGUUUGACGCCAACUAUGCUUUAUUCGUUCCAGUUUCCAGUGAUCGGACGACAUUCCACCCUAACAAGCUUAGUGGUAUCAACGACGAGCAUCUCAUGUUCUUCAAGUUUAUCGGGCGUAUCAUCGGCAAAGCUCUAUACGAAGGACGUCUACUCGAUUGCUACUUUAGCCGUGCCGUCUACAAGCGAAUUCUGGGCAAACCAGUCUCGGUCAAGGACAUGGAGUCCUUUGACCCAGACUACUACAAAUCCCUCUCCUGGAUGUUGAGCAACGACAUCACUGAUAUCAUCACUGAAUCGUUCUCGGUUGAGGAUGAUGAAUUUGGUGUUACCCGGAUCCACGACCUCGUCGAGAAUGGUCGCAACGUACCGGUCACGGAGGAGAACAAGCACGAUUAUGUCCGCCUUGUCGUCGAGCACAAACUUCUCACUUCAGUCAAGGAGCAGAUGGAGCACUUCUUAAAAGGCUUCCACGAGAUCAUCCCAGCCGAACUUAUCUCCAUCUUUAAUGAGCAGGAGUUAGAGCUGUUGAUCUCAGGUCUGCCGGAUGUUGAUAUUGAUGACUGGAAGAGCAACACCGAGUACCAUAACUAUACGCCAUCAUCCCCUCAGAUCCAAUGGUUUUGGCGAGCAGUGCGAUCUUUUGAUAAAGAGGAGCGAGCCAAACUUCUCCAGUUUGUAACGGGUACCAGCAAGGUACCUCUGAACGGCUUCAAGGAGCUCGAGGGCAUGAACGGUGUAAACCGAUUCAACAUCCAUCGUGACUAUGGAAACAAAGACCGGCUACCAAGCUCCCAUACCUGUUUUAACCAGCUUGACCUCCCCGAAUACGAGAGCUACGAUAUUAUGCGUCGACAAGUCAUCAAGGCCAUCACGACUGGAAGCGAUUACUUCGGGUUCGCUUAG